CUGGGAAAGCCGCCUUGUCCCUGCCUUCGCUUGCAGGGGGGGCCAUGGGCACUGAGAUGGUCCUUAACUGCCGCCGACAAAAGGGGGUUCCACUCGGUGCCGCUCAAUCCAGCCUUGACUCCGUGCCGAGCCCUGACGAGCGCUGCGCUCACGGCAGCCCCCGCUGGCCCCCGUCUCAUUCCCGUGAUACCCCACGGCCGGAGACCUUAAAUAACUUGCCAACGCCUGCCCAGCUGAUUAGGAGCCAACGGAAGAUUGAAACCUGGCUGUCUGGGUUCUGAAGGAAAGCGUAUCUAACCACCAGAGUCUGCGUAUUGCCUCUGGGGUUGGCCUGGCUGGGCAGGUAUGGCAGCUCUGCAGCCAAAGCACCUGCCACUAAAGCAGAAGACGAUUCUUUUCUCCAGUGGUUCCUGCUUCUCAUUCCUGUGACUGCCUUUGGCCUGGGGACAUGGCAGGUCCAGCGUAGGAGGUGGAAGCUGAAGCUGAUCGCAGAACUAGAGUCUAGAGUGACCGCUGAGCCCGUCCCUCUGCCAGGAGACCUGAUGGAACUGAACGCACUGGAGUACAGGCCAGUGAAGGUCAGGGGCCAUUUUGACCACUCCAAGGAGCUAUACAUGAUGCCCCGGACCAUGGUGGACCCAGCCCGGGAGGCAGGCCGGCUCUCCUCCUCAGCAGAGAGCGGGGCCCAUGUCAUCACCCCCUUCCACUGCACUGACUUGGGAAUCACCAUCCUGGUAAAUAGAGGGUUUGUCCCCAGAAAGAAAAUGAAUCCUGACACACGGCGGAAAGGCCAGAUUGAGGGAGAUGUGGAACUAGUCGGGAUGGUGAGGCUGACAGAAACCAGGAAGCCCUUUGUUCCUGAGAACAAUCCAGAGAAGAACCACUGGCAUUACCGGGAUCUGGAGGCCAUGGCCAGGCUCACGGGCACAGACCCCAUUUUCAUCGAUGCAGACUUUAGGAGCACAGUCCCCGGAGGACCCAUUGGAGGGCAAACCAGAGUCACUCUGAGGAAUGAGCAUGCACAGUACAUUGCCACCUGGUAUGGACUCUGUGCAGCCACAUCGUACCUGUGGUUUAAGAAAUUCCUACGUUGGACUCCAAGCCUAUGAUGAGAUCAGCUGACGUAGCCCCAUCCCUGAAUAAUGAAGUCAGUGAAGAACAUUUUAAGAUCAUGUUAUCACUGGUGUAAAUAAAACUCUAUACUACCCA